AGACCAAAGUUGAUGCUAACACUCAGAGUAUUAAAAAUCUCGAAUCCGAACUUAGCAGGGCCAUUGAAUCGUUUAGUAAAAGUAACGAUGAGAAAGAUAUUUUGCAUCGUUUAAGAGCAUUGGAGGAAAAAGUAAAGCCUAGUAUAGAGGCUUAUGGUUACCAUGACAAGAAGAUUAAAGAAUUGGAAGAGCGUAUUAAGGGUUUGGAAGAGGAGCGUGAAAAUUUCAUUGAGCUCAUUAAAAAUCACAAGAAGAUUCAAGAAUUAGAAGAGCUUAUUAAGAGUUUGGAAGAGGAAUGCAAAAAUUCCAGUCAGCUAUUUAAAAAUCUUUUUGACCAUAAUGCAGAACUACACGAACAAAUGAACAGUUUGUCUGUCGCCAUCACAACGUUACAGAGUCAGCAACCCACAUCAGGAGAAGACAAGUCAGGCAAAUCAUGGUGGCCCGGAAGGAAUGGAAAAAAGAAAAAAAUACCAGUUCAAGAUAGUGAUCACAAGAGUAGUACUAUUGGAGAUAAGGCUACUAGAUCAGAUAAGGCAACUCCUACAAGUCUUAGUCAGGCAGAGUCUGACUAUACAAGUCCUACUAGCCUCAAACGUACUUUUUCUGUUCAUGACAAACAAAAGGCAAGCCGAAACAAUGAGAGUCCAACAUUCAAACGUGGUCACAAACGUGCUUCUUCUACUGGAGAUCUACUUGCUACUGUGGACAAAGGAGCAGAGGAACAUGAAACCUUGAAAGAACCAUUGAGCAGCAGUCGUGCAGCACUCAAUAAGAUUUAA